AUCAUUUUGGGUUUCUUUCAGCUUCAUUUGUUCUCAGAGCUCUCUCUCUCUGAUUCCGACUCCGUCUCUCGAAUCUUCUAGAGGAGAGGAGAAGGUUCGUCCGUCUUCAUCAUGGCGAAUAGCAAUCUCCCUCGACGAAUCAUCAAGGAGACUCAGAGGCUUCUCAGCGAACCAGCUCCGGGGAUUAGUGCUUCUCCUUCAGAAGAAAACAUGCGCUACUUUAAUGUGAUGAUUCUUGGUCCAGCUCAGUCUCCAUAUGAAGGUGGGGUUUUCAAGUUGGAGUUGUUUUUGCCUGAAGAAUAUCCAAUGGCACCUCCCAAGGUCCGUUUCCUGACCAAAAUAUAUCAUCCUAACAUUGAUAAGCUUGGUAGGAUAUGCCUUGAUAUUCUGAAAGACAAAUGGAGCCCAGCCCUCCAAAUCCGAACAGUACUUCUGAGCAUUCAAGCACUUCUUAGUGCUCCAAACCCUGAUGACCCACUUUCUGAAAACAUCGCAAAGCACUGGAAGUCAAAUGAAGCAGAAGCUGUUGAGACAGCCAAGGAGUGGACCCGCUUAUAUUCAAGUGGUGAAUAAUUCAGGGAAUUCAUUGCUCAAAAUUUAAUUCUUGCUAUUGUAUGUUGAAUUGAAUACACCCCUUUCUUAGAAUGUAAACACGUAAAAACCGGAAUACUUUUAGUCCUUGUUUGUUGAUAAUCACUUCCAUUUCUCUGUGAUGUUCAUUUACUGAAUCAUGGCUUUUAAAGUAUAUACUUGCUGUUGCCAAUGCUGAUUUUGAUCUUCAUUCCA